CAGAAUGCUAAACUGCUCGCAAAGGCAUCUUGCAUCAGCCUACAGAAGUUUCUUUCCAGCCCGGCUUCUCCAUCUAGGAAGAGAAAACAAGAACUAUCUACUUUCCCUUAAAGCUGUGGAUUAAAUUUCUGGAAACCUCCUGACUUUCUCUGCUGAAAGAUCAUUUUAACACCCAGGGCUGAGGGAAUAUUCGAAGAUGCUGGUUCCUUCUCAGAGACUGAUGCCUUGGCUACUCCUGCUGCUACUGGAUAUUCCAACUGCUGUGAAAACUCAAGUCAACCCAGCUAUCUGUCGCUACCCCCUAGGUAUGUCCGGUGGGCACAUUCCUGACGAAGACAUUUCUGCUUCAAGCCAAUGGUCAGAAUCCACAGCAGCCAAGUAUGGAAGGCUAGGAUCAGAAGAUGGUGAUGGUGCCUGGUGCCCUGAAGUCCCUGUGGAACCUGACGAUCUCAAAGAGUUCCUGGAGGUUGAUUUACACGAGUUGCAUUUUAUCACCUUAGUAGGGACACAAGGCCGGCAUGCAGGAGGCCAUGGCAAUGAAUUUGCUCCAAUGUACAAAAUUAAUUACAGCCGGGAUGGCACCCGGUGGAUUUCUUGGCAAAACAGGCAUGGAAGUCAGGUACUUGAAGGAAACACUAAUCCAUAUGACAUUGUCCUCAAGGACCUGGAGCCACCUAUUAUUGGGCGAUUCAUUCGCUUCAUCCCUGUGACUGAUCACUCUACAAAUGUGUGUCUCAGAGUCGAGCUGUAUGGUUGUGUUUGGUUGGAUGGGUUGGUUUCAUAUAACACUCCAGCAGGGCAACAAUUAGUUCUACCCGAUGGCAACAUGAUUUACUUGAAUGAUUCAAUCUAUGAUGGUUACAGCAUGACAGAAGGAUUAGGACAGCUAACAGAUGGGGUUUCUGGCUUGGAUGAUUUCAGCCAGAGCCACGAAUAUCAUGUAUGGCCUGGUUAUGACUAUGUUGGUUGGAGCAAUGAAAGCACCACAAAUGGACAUGUGGAAAUCACCUUUGAAUUUGACCGAAUCAGAAAUUUCACCACCAUGAAGGUUCACUGCAACAAUAUGUUUGCCAAAGGAGUAAAGAUUUUCAAGGAGGUGCAGUGUUACUUCCGCUCUGAUGCAACUGAAUGGGAACCAAACACUGUCUCCUCAUUACUGGUACUAGAUGAUGUCAAUCCCAGUGCUCGCUUUGUUACAGUACCUCUUUUCCAUCGGAUGGCUAAUGCCAUCAAAUGCCAGUUCUACUUUGCUGAUACCUGGAUGAUGUUCAGUGAGAUUACCUUCCAAUCAGAUACAGCUAUGUACAACAAUUCUGGAGCCCUACCUGAAUCUUCAGUGACUCCCACUAUCUAUGAUCCUACUCUCAAAGUAGAUGACAGCAACACUCGCAUCUUAAUUGGCUGUUUAGUGGCCAUCAUCUUUAUCCUUGUGGCUAUCAUUGUAAUCAUUCUGUGGAGGCAGUUUUGGCAGAAGAUGUUAGAAAAGGCCUCUCGCCGGAUGCUGGAUGAUGAAAUGACUGUGAGUCUCUCUCUACCUAGCGAAUCCAAUAUGUUUCACCACAGCAGCUCCACUCCAUCCAGUGAACAAGAAACUAACUCCACUUAUGACCGCAUAUUCCCCCUUGGAGUUGACUAUCAAGAGCCAUCACGAUUGAUCCGCAAGCUUCCUGAAUUCAUCCCAGGGGAAGACGAGGCAGGCUGCAGUGGGAUCACCAAGCCAACUCAACCAAAUGGAGCUGAAGGGGUUCCCCAUUAUGCAGAAGCGGAUAUUGUGAACUUGCAGGGAGUCACAGGCAGCAACACCUAUUCUGUCCCUGCAAUCACCAUGGACUUACUCUAUGGCAAAGAGGUGGCUGUGGCUGAGUUCCCUAGGAAGCUGUUGACUUUCAAGGAGAAAUUGGGAGAAGGACAGUUUGGGGAGGUUCACCUCUGUGAAGUGGAAGGAAUGGAGAGGUUUGUGGAUCAGGAUUCUGUUCUGGAUGGUAGUGUCACCCAGCCUGUCCUACUGGCUGUGAAAAUGCUGAGAGCUGAUGCCAACAAGAAUGCCAGGAAUGACUUCCUCAAAGAGAUUAAGAUUAUGUCCAAACUGAAGGACCCCAAUAUAAUCCGGUUGCUGGCUGUGUGCAUCACUGAUGACCCUCUCUGCAUGAUUACUGAGUACAUGGAAAAUGGUGAUCUCAACCAGUUUCUGUCUCGUCAGGAACCCCAAAACUUAUCGGAGAGUUCCACUCCUCCUGUCAGUUAUGCCAACCUGAAAUUAAUAGCUAUCCAGAUUGCUUCCGGCAUGAAGUAUCUUUCCUCCCUGAAUUUUGUUCAUCGAGACUUGGCUACACGCAACUGUCUGGUGGGGAAGAAUUACACUAUCAAGAUAGCAGACUUUGGCAUGAGCCGCAACCUCUACAGUGGGGACUACUACAGAAUCCAGGGCCGGGCAGUGCUCCCUAUUCGCUGGAUGUCCUGGGAAAGCAUUCUUUUGGGAAAAUUCACAACUGCAAGUGACGUGUGGGCUUUUGGUGUUACACUCUGGGAAACCUUCACAUUUUGCCGAGAGCAACCAUAUUCUCAACUAUCUGAUGAACAAGUAAUUGAGAACACCGGAGAAUUUUUCAGAAAUCAGGGACGACAGACUUACCUUCCACAGCCUCCAUUUUGCCCUGAUCCUGUAUAUAAGCUAAUGCUCAACUGUUGGAGACGAGAUACCAAAGCUCGGCCUUCCUUCCAAGAAAUCCACUGCUUUCUUCAAGAAGCAACCACUUCAUAGUGAUGCCUUCAAAUGCUAUAGACCACCCCUCCCCCCGCCACGUGACCCUCUCCAAAUUAUACCCAGAACUGAAGCCACUUCACCUUUCCUUCAAUAACACAGCUGGACUCAAAUCAACCGUCCAAGGACAGAUGAGAGAGAAAUGGGGAUCUGACCAGGUCUGCCACAUAAACUCAUUCAUGGUGCUGUGUUUUGGAUUGGUAAAGACUGAAAAAGUUAUUUAUCUUGUAAAUGUUCUAGGUUGUGUGUUGUUGUUUUUUAAUGGAGUUUGUCUGUGAAAGAGAAGAAAAUAUAUUUUUCCUUAAAAAAGGAUAUGAAAAAAAGCUUGAAAAUGGAAUUGAGCUGGAAAUAGGCACAUGAACUUGGAAAGUAUUGAAGCAAUUGGUAGUGUUUUAUGCCGCUGCUGUGUGCAAGAACUGUAAUUGUGUAAGAGGCAGUAAAAGAGAAGAAUAUCAUACUGGACACAGAUUGUGGCUUGGACAAUGCUUGCUGAAAUCUCAAAAGCCAAAGAAGGUACUGAAAUCGAUUUUCUGUGAUUUAGUACAGGAUUUGCUAAUACAGGAUGGGUUGGGUAAACUUAGAGAAAGUAUACAAUUUUGUAUCAUUUAAACACUAUGCAGACUUUGCAAAAUGUAAUUAGAAUGCUUUGAGCGAAUGUUUGUGUGUUACAAAAAUCUGGAUGAUAUAGAAUAUGUCUCGCUUAUAGUCUUAACACAUUUCACUCACUGCCCUGUACAGAACAGAGUGCCUCGGCCUCUCUCCCUGGCUCUUAAUCUGGGUGCUGCCAGAAGAGGAGGGAUACAAUAAAAGAGAAAAGUUACAAUAGGUGACAUGUAUUAAUAGGUAGCAGACAUUGUGUCUAUGGAGAUUAUCAAUCAUUCAGGUAAUGGUUAUCCCAAAGAUGCUUUUCCAAAAGGCAACUGGACUUUCUUGUUUUUUUCCUUGAAAAUGUUUCAGUUCUCAUCCAAGAAGUUUCUUCAGAAGUUUUGGAAAAGCACUUUUGGGACACGUGAAGACAUCUUGAAGAUCGACUAAAAGUUCUUUAAAUAAAGAUGUGCCAUUCCUGAGCGAAAGCAGAGUAACAAUAAAACUGUUGAUUUUCUUAUGCAAAGCAUACUCCAUUUGUAUGUGCAAUCUCACAGUCAAACAGGUUUGGCCAAGGCAUUUCAUAAGAGCAUUGGAUAAAGUUUGGCCCA